CAUUAUUCACUAUUGUCUGUUAACUGUUUACACUUUAGUCUUUACAAUUUACAGUUGAGUAAGAAUUGAAAUAAACGUAUUGACAAUUAUUUUGACCUACUAUGACUUUAAGCUAAAACUGUUGAAUUAUUAGUAGAAGUAUGUUUUUUAUUUUUAUUUUGUAGCCGGCUUUUUGUGCGACCACGAACUACGAUUUUUAAUUUUUAAUUGUCGUUGAAUAAGUCAAAAUUUCCAUUUUUCUAAGUUACUUUAAUAUUUUGUUGGCGUAGUAAAUGCGUUUUUGUUUUGAUCAACCAUCUUUAAACCCACGAAAAAGUUUGGUUUAAACUUAAAAACUUGCGUUUGAGCGACUUAAUCCAGAAAUAUGGACCAAUAUGAUUUGGAUGAAAUUAAAACCAAUUUAAAAGCCACUAUUACUUCUAAUAAGGGCGGAGUAGACUUAAAAAUGGUCGAGAGGGAUUACGAAAACAUUGUUGGUGAACGUUUACCAUACCUUAAGUUGGGUUAUAAAUCCGUUGGCGAAUUUAUUCAGUCUCUCGGAGCGUUUAAACUGGAAAAAAGAGGAUAUGACACCAUUGUCAGUUGCUUAAGUAGUGGAAAAACAGCACAUUUAGAACAAAUGAUACGAAAGCAAAAAACUUCUUCCAAAAAAUCCAAACGAAAAAGAUAUUCUACAUAUACUUCAAACAGACCUAAUUAUUAUAAUUAUAGGACUUGUCAGCCAAAGCAACAAAAUUAUUCAAAACGGACUUUCAAUAAACCUGCUCCUAUGUAUUCUUAUUCUGCAAUAAGUAGUAAUAAAACAAGUAAUUAUAAUCAAUCCGCAUACCCUAAAAAUACGAUCUACAAACCUAAUUCAAUUUAUUCUUCAAUGGAUAAACCGAGAUGGCCUAAAAACAUUGACAUACAAGAAACACAUUCUACUAAUUUAAAUAAACUGACAACUAGUAAAACUAUAGAUACAAGUAAAAAUGUAGAUAAUGUGAUUAUUAAAACUGUACAAGCUAAGGUCAGUGAGACGUUGCUAACUGAAAGUAAAGUUACCAUUGCUGUUGAAAAACAACAUGUUGUUAAAGACAACAAAGUUAUUUUUGGAAAGAAAAGUAAUGCUUUAAAGGUCUCAAAGAAAGCUCGUCGCAAACUUCGUAAUGCACCCCAAUCAAGUACUACAUUAAGAAAGUCUUCUAUUAAUUCCCAACCAGCACAAAACCGAUUACAAAAAUUUUUGAAGAAAGAAGAAAGUAUGACAACUUUUAAUGCGAAUCAACACAUUGGUAAAACCGAAGUAACACUAGAAGAAAACUCUGAAGUCUCUGAUCUAACAUUUUAUGUACACAAGCCUAUUGUUAAGAUUUCCAAAAACCCAAAGAGUUUCACUGAGCGUUUAAGUGUUUUAAACAAAAUGUUAAAAUCACAUUAUUACGUGUCUAAAUUACAACCAGAUGAAGGAAAUAUUAAAGCGGAGCUGACCACUGAUCAAUCUUUAAAUGUACAGGCAAUUAAAAAAUGUUUAACCCCAAGUAACACCAAAGAUGAUGAUCAAGUAAAUACAUUUAUAUAUCACGACGAUAAAAUCGUUCAGCAAACACUUGAACAUAAACAAAAUGGUGUUGUAGUUUCAGUGCAUAGUUCUUCUAGUAUGUGGGUAGUGGUGUCAAACGUAGAAGACUUCAUAAAAAUGCAAAACGAUUUUAGCAAUUUUAUGUCAAAUACAUUUAAUCAAAAACCAAUAAAAGGUGAUCCCAAAGUGGGAAACUACUAUGCUCUUUGUCACAAUGAAAAAUGGCACAGGGUAACAGUAAAAAGCGUUGGAUAUUGUACAAAUUGUGAUGAGGAUACUGUCAAAAUAUUCCAAAUUGAUACAGGAAACUAUAAAAAUGUGUGCAAAAGUCAGCUUUAUCAUCUGAAUCCAGAAUUUUAUCAAACCAAAUCUCAGGCUAUUGAAUUUUCAUUAAGCAAAUUGAAGUGGAUUGGUGAUUUUCAAGUGUUUAAAGAUAUUUUAAUUGACGAUUUAGUCGGCAAAACAUUCACAAUUUCACCAGAUAAAACAUUAUCAAGUCCGCCCACCAUAAAUUUGUUUGAUGUUGAUACUAUGGCCAACAUGACUGAAGUUUUGGUAAACAAAUUUUUAGAAAAAUGCACUCCUAAGUUAGAUCCUUCGUUGAAUGACAACUCUAUUGAAGCCAAAAUAUUGUCAAUUGUGGAUGGUUUUUGGUAUAUUCGACUAAAAGACAAUCAGUUGGUAGAAUUUUUUGAAAAAUUAUUUUCAAACGUUGCCUUUUCUUCACCUGUUAUCAAACAUAAGAGAGAAAUUGACUACAGACAUAUAUACUUAGCUGCGUACAACAACACAAAAGGUCGUGUUAAAGUUAUCCAUUUUGUUGACGAAACAAAAGUAAAAGUAUUUUUUGUGGAUUAUGGUGUUCAUGAAAUCGUACAAGUUUAUGAUCUGAUUGAUUUAAAAAGCAUUGAUUCGCUAAUUGCUCGAAUGCCUCAUCAGGCAAUAAAAAUUAUUUUGCAGUUAUUCGACCCUCGCAGUGUCACUUCAAAAACUGAACAAACGUUUUAUGAGAUAAUACAUAAAAACAAAAGCAAUGAUUCAAAUGUGUCUGUAAUGAAUAUUUGUUAUAACGAGAAGUAUAAAACGCCCAGCGUUCAGUUGUACAGCGAAAUGUAUCCCAGUACAUUUAUAAAUAUGGUUUUAUAUAAAAGACUCAAAAAUCUAUAAUUAUAAAUUAUGAAGGGUGGAUUAAAUAUAUACCCACAAUAAGACUGCACACAACAAAAAUUGAUUAGUUUUUUUUUUUAGAAUAAAGCAAUUUAGCUGCUAGAAAAGUAUCCAAUAUUUGUUUAAUAAUUCAAAAAUAUAUAUGUGUUACAUAUGACUUAUUAGUUAUUAGUAUUAAACAAUUGUUUU